GAAGAACCAAUGAUAACAGACCAAAUGAGGGGAAAGUAGUGUGCAAUUUUUCUCCUGUAGAGCAGAGAAGUGCGAUUAGGCAUGUGGUCCAAAAUCUUGCCGAAAUCAACCAAAACACAAGUCGCACAAAGUCACAACCUUGAGCUCAGGUCAGGCGUUUUAGCUCAAGGAGUCAAGGGUAGCAAUCCGGAGUAGUGGCGACUGGCGAGCCCUGAUAUCGGGCAAACUGGUCGUCAUGGAACCUGGAAGCAGCAGUAGGGAGGGGGAGCAGCAGGAGCCAGCAAACGAACGACUAACCGCCACCGGAGGAGGAGGAGGAGGAGGAGGAGGAAGCCCUGUCUCAGAUCAGGAACUCUCGGAUGGUGAGGAAGUGUCUGAUGGUGAGUAUCAGGCCGGCGACGAUUUCUCUGGCUACGCGGUCCGGGGCCGGGGGUUCGUCGAGAAGGAGCACAUAUUCGACAAGGUGGUGACGCCCAGCGACGUCGGGAAUCUGGGCCGGCUGGUGAUCCCGUGGCAGCACGCGGAGUGCUACUUCCCGCGGGACGUACCCGCGAACGAGAGGGAGGGCGUCGUCCUCAGAUUCGAGGACGAUGCCGGCAAUUCAUGGCGUUUCCUCUACCGCGGCAGCAGCUUGACGUUGGGAUGGAGCCACUUCUUCAGGAAGAACCGCCUCGACGCCGGGGACAUGGUCUCCUUCUACCGUGGCGCCAGCGAGGCCACCCGUGACCGCCUCUUCAUCCACUCGAAGCGCCGGAUGCACAUUCUCCCUACUCUAGGCUACUCAGACCCUCAGGUUCAUAUCAAUCGCCUCUUUCAGCUGCUGGUUCGGGUAAGAACCAUGGUUUCAUCCUUCGGUAAAUCUGGGUCGCCGUCGCCGCCCAAUUCUCCGCUUCCUACAGUUCAAAAUUUCACCUACAAAGCGCUAAAAGAUUGCCUCCAAGAUCUGCACUACUACAGCCUCCUGUCCAUGAUGGGGAGAAACCACAAAAGUCAGUCAACAUCCGCAAAGAUCCGUGAUACUAUUCCUACGCUUGAUGCUUUGAUACAAUUACGAAGCCUGUCAGAUCCAGUUUUUCGUAUUCCCGCCGCAGCGACGUCGCAUUGCAUCCUCUUAUGCCGUGGUGUUUUGGGGAUCAUGGGCUUCCUAUGCUCUGAUGAGAAUAUGAAGGAGGAUCACCGGAUGCUUCAGGUUCCUGCUUUUGAUGAUCUGAACUACUCUGCCCAAGACAAGAUUACCAGGAUGAAAGAACAGACAAUGCCAUCAUCCCUGGCUGACCCCAUUUAUCUGUUGCCCACAGCAAUCAGGAACCUGCUGUAUUUGGACCUCUCAAAUUGCAGUGACAUUGUACAACUGCCUCCUUCCCUGGGAUCAUCACUUCAUAUGCUCUCUGCACUAAACCUCUCUUGUUGUUAUUCUCUUCGUGCGUUGCCGGAUUCACUAGUAUGCCUGUACGACUUGCAGAUUCUGCUUCUUUCCUUCUGCCACAAUCUGCAAAACCUUCCGGUGUCAUUUGGUGAUCUUUCUAAUCUCAGGCUGUUGGAUUUGUCGGGCUGUCGCAGUCUUAGAUUGUUCCCUUCUUCUUUUGUCAAUCUGGGCAGUCUAGAGAACUUGAACUUAUCUGACUGUAUAAGGCUGAUGGGCAUUCCACAGAAUUUUGAAGAUCUUCAGAAGCUCGAGUACUUGAAUUUUGCAGGAUGCUACAGAGUGGACCUGCCUGUUUACUGCCUAACCAACCUUGUUAAUCUGAAGUGCCUAACUCUGUCAAACCACACUGAUAUCAAAGAUUUUCCUUAUUCCUUCACUGAUCUUAAAAGACAUCUAUACCUGUCAAGAUGGUGGAAAUACAACUGGGUACAUACCCAAUGCAACCUAAAGACAAAUCUUUUGCAGUCCUAUAGGUGUCACCAGCAAAGAAUAAUUAACAGCUUACUGUCAGAUGGUUCUGAUGAGGGUGACAUUACUAGUGAGCAGAGUCUCACAUCUAUCUGUAUAUUUGGUGAAAGAGGCACAGGGAAGACUGAGCUACUCCAUGAAAUUUAUAAUGAUCAAAAAAUUUUAGAGGGUUUUCAUCUGAGGAUAUGGAUAAAUAUGUGUGACAAAAAGAGGCUAUUGGAGAAGAUCAUAGAGUUUACAGCUUGUGCCUAUUGCUAUGAUGCCCCAUCAAGCAUUCUUGAAGAAACUGUAAGAGAAGAGCUUAAUGGCAAGAGAUUCUUACUUGUACUGAAUGAUGCUGAUAUUGAAAACCAAUGUUUCUGGACAGAUGUAUGGAAGGUAUCAAAUGUUGGUGCCGCAGGAAGUGCUCUUAUUGUAACCACAAGGAGCAAAGAAGUGGCUAGCCUAUUUGGAGCAAUGAAACCCUAUUACAUGAAUCCCCUAUCUAAAGAAGAAUGCUUUAUGGUCUUCCAGGAACAUGCUGAUUGUGGUUUUGAUAUUAAUAAUGACCAUGAGUUAACAAAAGUUGGCUGGAAGAUUGUUGAGAAAUGUGGUGGUAAUCUAUUGUGUAUGAAGGCUCUAAGCGGGUUAUUAUGGCAUUCUAAAACUGCUUUGUCUGAAAUCGAUUCGCUUGUUGGCGGUAUUGUACCAGCACUAAGACUCUGUUAUGAUCUUCUACCGUCACAUCUGAAGCAGUGCUUCAAAUUCUGUUCCCUGUUUCCAAAAGACUAUGUUUUCGUCAAGCAUCACAUCAUCCAAUUAUGGAUCUCUCAAGGUUUUGUAUACCCUGAAGAAGAUAGUCAACCAGAAGACACUGGCCUGCAGUAUUUUAAUGAGUUUCUCUGCAGAUCAUUUUUCCAACACUGCCCCUUUAGUAAUGAUCAUGAAGACAAAUUCGUUAUGCAUGAGUUAUUUCAUGAUUUGGCACGUUCCGUUUCAAAGGAUGAAAGCUUCAGUUCAGAGGAACCAUUUUUCAGCCUUCCUGAAAAUAUUUGCCACCUUUCACUUGUUAUUUCAGAUUCCAAUACUGUUGUGUUGACAAAAGAACAUAGACAUCUGCAGUCCCUUAUGGUUGUCAGGAGAUCAGCAACAGAGUACUCAAGUUCCUUUGUGCCACUUUUGAAAAUAUUGGGUUUGAAUGAUCUUCUGAUGAAAUGUGGAUUUUUAAGAGCAUUGAAUUUGAGCUGUACAACAAUAGUAGACCUGCCUGGUUCAAUUGGGAGGAUGAAACACUUAAGAUUCCUGGCUAUGAACAACACAAAGAUCAAGAGUCUACCAACUGAAAUAGGUCAAUUGAACACCCUUCAGACAUUGGAACUCAAGGAUUGUUGCUGCCUCAUUGAGUUACCGGAAAGCACGAAGAAUUUGAUGAAGCUGCGACACCUUGAUGUUCAAAAGGAACCAGGAAAUAUUCAUGUUGGCAUGCCUUCUGGGCUCGGGCAGCUAACUGAUCUACAAACACUAACGGUAUUUAAUAUUGGGGAUGAUUUAUCACAUUGUUCAAUUCGGGACUUGAAGAAUCUCAGUGGACUAAGGGGACAUGUUCAUAUAACAGGGCUUCAAAAUAUUACUGCAGGUGAUGAUGCCAAAGAAGCAAAUCUAGUAGGUAAGCAAUUCCUACAAGCUUUGACACUAGAAUGGUGUUGCAGCAGUGAGGAAAUGGAAGAUGAAAGUGACAAAGAAAUUGCUAAUCAGGUCCUUCAAAAUCUUCAGCCAAACACUAGCAUUCAAGAGCUAGCUAUUCAAAAUUAUCCUGGCAAUUCGUUCCCUAAUUGGAUUAAGGAUUCAGGGCUUUGCAUGCUUGUUUCAAUUACAAUUGACAACUCGCAAGACUGUAAUGAGAUCCCGUACCUUGGUGACCUGCCAUGUCUUAAAUUUCUCUUCAUACAGAAAAUGUAUGCUGUAGAAAACUUUGGACAAAGAAGUAACUCUUUGACUACUGAUGGUAAACAUGCCCCUGGAUUCCCAUCACUGGAGAUACUGAAUCUGUGGGAGAUGUAUUCUUUGCAAUUCUGGAAUGGAACAAGAUAUGGGGAUUUCCCACAGCUUCGAGGUCUCUCUAUCAGUAGAUGCCCAAAACUCAGUAAUUUACCACCCCUGAUUUCCCUGCUAUAUUUGUCAUUUCACUGUGGUGAUCAACUGCCAGCCUUGUCAGAAUUUCCAUCACUCAAGUCACUGAAGAUUGAAGGCUUUCAGAAGCUCAAGUCUGUCAGCUUCUGCCCUGAGAUGCCAUUGUUACAAAAAUUGGAGAUAAGUGAUUGCAAAGAGUUAGUAUCAAUAGAUGCUCCUUUGUUGUCUGUUUCAAAUUUAAAAGUUGUCAGGUGCCCAAAACUUCAUUUUGGAGGCAGUUGGCUCGAAGGCUGUCUCAUGUGGGAAGAGUUUAAAAGGGAUAAAUGCACAAUAAAAUAUCUCCUUGUGAACACUAUGAAAGAUGAUGGCUGGAAUUGGAUAAAGUACGGCCAGAAAGAUAUAAUUGGUUCCAAGUACCAAAGAUCAUACUUAAGGUGCAACCAGAUGCACUCAACGGGAUGCAAGGCAAGGAAGAUUGUUGAACCUAGCAAUGAUGAUCUGAACAUAUGGUUGGUAACCUACAUAUAUGAGCACAACCAUCAACAACGAGCAGGGCCCACCGACGAGCCGUUGCCUUCUGGUCAGCACGUUCAGCUGGCAACAACACGUAAAAGAAAGGAAUUUGAUGCAUCCAAUGAUGAAAUGACACCAAAGAAACAGUUCAGUGAACAAUGAAGUUUUUGUGAUUUUUCCUCUGUAAGCUUCCGCUCCUCUCUCACUUGCUUAUUCUAUACUAGGAGUACAAGCAUAUGGAUACAUGGGCCUCUUGGACUACAACACAUACAACCUAACACUCCCUCUCAAAGGCGGUAUAUAUCUAUCAUACACAUCUUAUUACAUAAAGAUGUACACUCUUUAACACCUAGAGCUUUUGUUAGACAAUCAGCCACUUAUUCUCCAGACACUACAUAACAUAAUUCUAAAGUUUCUUUAUCCAA